CAAGGUUCCAAUACUGCGGCGCCGCCAUAACACUGACCGUCACGUGGGGGCCGCCUGCUGCUGCCCUGCUCCUGCUGCUCCUGCUCCUCCCCCCACCACUCCACGCCCUCACACGCCCCCGCCAUGGAGUCCAGGAAGAUCAUAGAUAUCCUGCGGGGUACCAUAGACCCGGCACUGAGGCAGCAAGCGGAGGAUGAGCUAACCAAAAUGAAGAAGAUAAUCGGAUUCACGCCGGCGCUGCUUCAGGUCGUCAUGAUGGGUGACGUGGACAUGCCAGUGCGUCAGGCGGGCGUUAUCUACCUGAAGAACAUGGUGACCCAACACUGGAAGGACGCGGAGUACGAGGGAGGAGAGCCAAUCCCUUUCCACAUUCAUGAACAGGACCGCGCCAUGAUCCGCGAUGCAAUAGUGGAUGCAGUAGUCCACGCGCCAGAUCUUGUCAGGGUCCAGCUGGCAGUGUGCACGUAUCAGAUGGUUAAAUACGACUUUCCCAAUCGGUGGACAAACAUCGUCGACAAGAUCAGUAUCUACCUCCAGAACCCAGACACAUCUCUCUGGAAUGGCAGCCUCCUCUGUCUGUACCAGCUGGUGAAGAACUUUGAGUACAAAAGAAAGGACGACAGGGCACCACUACACGAGGCAAUGAGGCUGCUCCUCCCUAUGUGCUACGAACGCAUGGUGCACCUCCUGCCAGACCCCUCGGAACACUCCACACUGCUGCAGAAGCUCAUACUCAAGAUAUACUAUGCGUUGACACAGUACCACCUGCCCCUGGACUUGCUAGACAGGGAGCAGUUCACCAGGUGGAUGGAGGUGAUCAGGCAGGUGGCAGAUCGACCAGUGCCAGAUCAGACGCUACAGGUGGAUGAGGAUGAGAGGCCAGACCUGCCAUGGUGGAAGAUUAAAAAGUGGGCACUCCACAUCCUGGCGCGAAUAUUUGAGAGGUACGGCUGCCCAAGCACAGUGCACAGCGACUACAAAGAGUUCGCCAAUUGGUACAUCAAGACCUUCUCAGCGGGGGUGCUACAGGUCCUCCUCAAGAUUCUUAACCUGUACCGCAGCAAGGUUUAUGUCUCCCCACGGGUUCUCCAGCAGACACUCAACUACCUGGAGCAAGGGGUCGGACAGAGUGUUGCGUGGAAGCUGCUCAAGCCACACAUGCUCUCCGUGGUGCAGGACGUUCUUUUCCCCCUCAUGUGUUACUCUGACGCUGACCAAGAGCUGUGGAACUCAGACCCCUAUGAAUAUGUGCGGGUUAAGUUUGACAUCUAUGAGGACCUAGUUUCUCCAGUGACGGCCGCGCAGGGUCUUCUCUUGUCCACCGUGCGCAAGAGGAAGGAGAUGCUGGAGAAGACUAUGGUGUUUCUCAUGCAGGUCCUCACUACUCCUAACGUGGACCCAAGACAUAAGGAUGGAGUCAUGCAUAUGAUCGGUACGCUGGGCGGUGUGCUGCUGAAGAAGAAGAUUUAUAAGGACCAGAUGGAGACAAUGAUAGCCCAGUAUGUGUUCCCUGAGUUCCAGAGCCCAUAUGGCUUCAUGAGGGCAAGGGCAUGCUGGAUCUUACAAAACUUCGACGAGAUCAAGUUUAAGUCAGAGCAGAAUAUUGUGGCGGCGAUGAACUGCAUCCAGAACGCGCUGCUGAACGACCACGAGCUGCCGGUGAAGGUGGAGGCAGCCAUGGCCCUCUCUGCCUUCCUUGCCUCGCAGAAUAAGGCUGAGAAGAUCGUGGAGCCUAAUAUCCAAGCCAUUGUGCAGGAGCUCCUCAAGGUCAUCAAGGAGACAGAGAAUGAUGACCUGACCAACGUGAUGUGCAAGAUUGUCACCACCUACACAGACCAGCUGACGCCCAUUGCUGUGGAGAUGUGCACCCAGUUAGCCGCCACCUUCCAGCAGGUGGUGGACGCAGAGGAGGGAGCGGACGAGAAGGCCAUCACCGCCAUGGGUCUCCUGAGCACCAUUGAGACGCUGAUCAAUUGCAUGGAGGAGAACCCCAAGAUCAUGGAGCAGAUAGAACCCAUCACGCUGCAGGUGGUGGGCCUCAUCCUCACCAAGAACGUUAUGGAGUUUUACGAGGAGGCGCUGGCCCUCGUGUACAGCCUCACCAGCACCAGAAUCUCCCCAGACCUGUGGAAGUGCUUUGAAAUGAUGUUCCAGAUGUUCAAGAGUGACGGGUUUGACUACUUCACGGAGAUGAUGCCGGCGCUCCACAACUAUAUCACCGUGGACACUGAGGGCUUCAUCAGCUCCGAGGCCAGGAUUGCAGCUGUGUUUGAGAUGUGCAAGACCAUGCUGACCCAGCAGGACUGUGCGGAGGAUGACGAGUGCCACGCCGCCAAGCUGCUGGAGGUGAUUGUGCUGCAGUGCCAGGGCCGCAUCAACCAGUGCCUGGGCUCCAUCAUCCAGCUGGUGGUGGAGCGUCUGCUGCGGGAGGUGAAGACUGCUGAACUCAGAACCAUGCUGUUGCAGGUGAUCAUCGCAGUGCUGUACACGGCUCCUGACACAUUGCUGCAGGUGCUGGAGUCCACUACACUGCCUAACACCACCACCACCCUCACCUCCCACUUCAUUAAGCAGUGGAUUCAUGACACCGACUGCUUCCUUGGGCUCCAUGACCGUAAGAUCUGUGUGCUGGGGAUGUGCACCCUCCUCCAGCUGGGUCCUGAGAGGCUGGGCGUCCUGCAGGAGUGCCACAAGGAAAUCAUCCCUGCUGUGCUUAUGCUGUUCCAGGGACUGAAGAGAGCUUAUGCAGCCAAGGCCAGUGAGGAGAACAGUGACGAUGAGGAUGAUGGAGAGGAUGAUGAAGAUAUUGAGCAUGAGGUCCUGGAGAGUGAUGAGGACGAGCUGGAUGACACUGGGGACGAAUACCUGGAGAAACUUGGUGAGAAGGUGAAGAAGGCAUCUGCAACAUCCCCCUUUGCCAUCACCGCCACAGUGGAGGACGAGGAGGAGGAUGACGACGACUCCGAUGACGAAAUGGACGAGACAGCGCUGGAGUCCUUCACAACGCCCCUGGACCGUGAGGAGUGUGAGGUGGACGAGUACUGUGUGUUCAAGGACGUCAUGCAGACCCUUGAAGCCAACGCCCCUGUGUGGUACCAGGCACUGACCACCGGGCUGAGUGCCGAGCAGCAGAAGGUGAUGCAGGAGGUGGCAACGCUGGCAGACCAAAGGCGUGCAGCAGCGCAGAGCAAGAAGAUACAGCAGAGUGGAGGUUACAACUUCCAGCAGACAGCGGUGCCCACCAGCUUCAAUUUCGGAGGCUCCUUUGGGUCCUAAUCAAACCCUUAGCAUUACAUCCCUUAUCUUGGUAUACCCCAGUGACUGCUCCUCCUGUCCUGUCCUUCACACCUGUGCCAUUCCCAUUAACACCUGCUUUCUCCUCCUCCUCCUUGUCCUCGUCCUCAUCCUCCUCUUGUGCCAUUCCCAUCAACACUCCUGCUUCUUCUCUUCUCUUCUCUUCUUUUCUUCCUCUCUUUACUUGUCCUCUUCUCCUCUUUCUCUUCCUGUGCCAUCUCCAUUGACGCCCUUCCUCCUCCUCCUCCUCCUCCUCCUCCUCCUCCUCCUCCUCCUCCUCCAUCAUUUCCAUUUUUUGCAUUGUGGAGUCAAGUGUUUGUUUGGGGUUAAAAAAAAGUAUUUAUGGAUUCUGGGAUUUGUGAAAGUGGCAGGUACUUCUUCUCCUCUAUAUGUAUUGCAGGGUGUUUUUUAAUGGUUUGUGUGUUUGUUUGUGUUUGUGCACUUUUUUCUUUCUUUUUUUUUCUGCACGUUUUUUUACAAUGCUAUCUAUAUGUCUUUUUAUUUAUUAUUAUUUGUUUUUUUAUUUAUUUAUUUUAUUUAUUUAUUUUUUUUGGUGCCUUGGCAAGGAUGUGUUGUAUUAGAUGUGUUUGUUGGUAUGUAUGUUACUAUUAUUAUUAUUAUUAUUAUUAUUAUUAUUAUUAUUAUUAUUAUUAUUAUUAUUAUUAUUAUUGUUGUUGUUGUGGUCUGUUACAUUUCAAUGCAGCACCACCACCAUCACCACUACUACUACUACUACUACUACUACUACUACUACUACUACUACUACUACUACUACUACUACUACUACUACUAGGAUGAUGAUGACGAUAUUACUAUUGUUAUUAUUAUCUGUUAUUCCAAUGUUUAUUUAUUUAUUUCCUGUUAUUUUGACCUGUUUCCUGUUUCCCACAUAGCAUACUUAUCAGAGUAUCAUCACUUGACUUAUUACAAUUACUAUUAUUAUUAUUAUUGUCUGAUAUUUUGUAAUUAUGCCUUUCUUCCUCUCUUCCUCAUUUCUCUCCCCUUUCACUUCACGACCCAAGAAUGACUGACUGACUGACUGAUUGACUGAUUAAUAUAUGCAAACUUUCUUCUACUCAUCCCCAUCUCCCCAUUCCCUGCCCCUCCCCCCCAUUUCCCGUGUCCCUGUGCCCCCUCCCCCUCCCUCCCUUCUUCCCCCAUGCAUUUCCCCUCCCUCUCUCCCAGCGUGAUAUAUAAAUUAUUAAAUAUUUGAGUUCUGGUGAAGAAAAAGCUAAUUUAAGUUUUAUUUAUUUUUUUCUUAUUAUUAUUUUUCAUUUGUUUUGUAUAUUUAUUUAUUUAUUUAUUAUUUUUUGUUGUGUUUCCCCUUUUUCCCUCACUCCCCUCCCUUUCCCCCCUCCUCUCCCCCACCCAUAUGUUUAUUUCCUUUACCUCAGAUGCCAAAUGUUCCUUUUAUCUCCCUCACUACCCUCCCCAAAUGUUGCUUCCGUCUCCUCCCCGCCUUCCCCCACCUCUCCCCUUAUUCCCACUCCCUCUCCCCCCUUGCAUCCCCCUACACACACACAACCCUUUGUUAUAUUAACCACUGGAGCACAGAAAUGAUUAUAUGUACAAAAUAAACAGUCCAUUACCUCUGUUAGAGAGAGAGAGAGAGAGAGAGAGAGAGAGAGAGAGAGAGAGAGAGAGAGAGAGAGAGAGACUGGAAUAUCCUUGGUUUAUAGACAGAAAAUAAGUGAGAGAGGAAGAGAACUAACAUCGAGAGAGAGAGCUUCCUUGUUAGAGAGAGAGAGAGAGAGAGAGAGAGAGAGAGAGAGAGAGAGAGAGAGAGAGAGAGGGUGAUCGACAUUGACAGUAAGAGACCUCUACUUCAAAAUACAGCUUAGCUUCUGUAGGUCGGAUUUGUUUGUUGAGGUAAAUUAUGGGCUGUUUUUUUCUUUCCACUGUCCCGACACACACCCUGCCGUGACCGUCCCCCCUGCCCCCUGCCUUACCCUGUUAUGCCCUGCCUUUUCUCUCUCUCUCUCUCUCUCUCUCUCUCUCUCUCUCUCUCUCUCUCUCUCUCUCUCUCUCUCUCUCUCUCUCUCUCUCUCUCUCUCUCUCUCUCUCUCUCUCUCUCUCGUCUUUUUGACUUUGUUUCAUCUUAUUUAUUUUGUUCUCUCUCUCUCUCUCUCUCUCUCUCUCUCUCUCUCUCUCUCUCUCUCUCUCUCUCUCUCUCUCUCUCUCUCUCUCUCUCUCUCUCUCUCUCUCUCUCUCUCUCUCUCUCUCUCUCUCUCUCUCUCUCUCUCUCUCUCUCUCUCUCUCUCUCUCUCUCUCUCUCUCUCUCUCUCUCUCAUUUUUAUCCAAAGUAAUCUCCACUAACAUAUCCCUCCUCCUCCUCCUCCUCCUCCUCCUCCUCCUCCUCCUCCUCCUCCUCCUCCUCCUCCUCCUCCUCCUCCUCCUCCUCAAUAUUGUGGCAUUAUUUUUCCCCAUUCCCCUUCUCCCAUCCCCCCCUCCUGCCCCUCCCCAUUGUUUUUUCCCCAGUUCUGUAAUGAUUAUUUUGUGUGGAAUGAGUUUGUGUGUCUGUGUGUAUGUUUUGUAGUUGACUCAUUUUUAUUAUUAUUAUUAUUAUUAUUAUUAUUAUUAUUAUUAUUAUUAUUAUUAUUAUUAUUAUUAUUAUUAUUAUUGGUGAUGGUGAUUGGAUGAGUAGUUUGCUCUUGUUCACUGUUACUUGUUUGGUGUUUGUUAUUAUUAUCUAUUAUCAUUAUUAUUACGAGCACCACCACCAAUACCACCACCACCACCACCACCACUCCUCGGCGCAGAGUGGCUCAGGAACACGUUUUAGUCUCGUUUUGUACUUCCCUCAUUAGUAUUGGUGGCCGUGGCCUCGCCCGCCCCAGCCCCAGCCCGGGUCAGCUUGGGUCAGCCCGGGUGAGGCGCGGCGGGGCCAGCGCGCCCGUCACUUCCUGGUGUGUUGGUGAAGACGCGCGGCACGGCCCCUUGUGGGCGUGCGGGCGCGUAGGCGUGUUGGGUCGCCCAGUGUUUUGUUCUUUAUCAUCAUUGUUGUCGUUGUGUUGGUGUCGCCGCGUGUUGGCAGCAGUCGCCCCGUGCCCAGUGGGGGCGGGGGGCGAGGCAGCCGUGCCCCCCGCCCCGCCAUCGUACACUAUCUAGUCCGCGCACCCUCAGCUCCCCCUCCCCCCAGCUCUAACCCCGCCCUCCCCCUCGCACUUUGGUCCUAACGUACAGUCUUUGAUGAUUUUUUUUAUAUAUUUUUGUUAUUAUAGUUAUAAUAAUUAUUAAUGUAAUUGCUGUAUAUACCCAGAGUGUUAUUGUUGCUGCUAUUACUGCUGCUGCUGCUGCUGCUGCAUAGUCUCACUACAGCUGUUUAGAGAGGGAUCACAGCAGGCUGUACACUGCUGCUGCUGGUGUCACCAGCUCACAGCGCAGCCCCUCAGCACUCCAGCAGGAGGCUGAGAGCCGCAGCCUGCUGUGCUGCGCGCCGCCACCCUCCAGGCCUCUUGUGAUACGCCGCCCCGCGCGGUACAGAAACUGGCGACGCUGACGCCCCGCGAGGGCCGCCUGGCGCGCCGCCGAGGGUGACGCCCCCCUUAGCGCGGCGCCCCCGGGGCCCCCGCCCCCCCUUCUGUUCCCUGGGUUUGCUCACCCGGGGGCCCCGGGCGCGGCGCCGCGCGGGCCGGGCAGGGAGCGCCGCGCCCCUCUGGACGCACCAGUGAGUGGCCUUGGCCCCAGUAGCCUUGCUAUGGGCCUUGUAUAUACAAAGACUAUUCUAAGUAGAGUGCGAGUUAGUGAGAGAGCGAGAGCGAGAGAGAGAGAGAGAGAGAAAGAAAUAUAUUUUUAUACCAGGAGCCGCCGGCCCCGCGGAGACAACUAGUGAUGCUAGUCGCCGCAGACCUGCACUAGCGGCAGCUAUGGGUCCAGCAGGCCCGCCCCCGCGCCGCACGCCGCGCGCCGCCCGCCAUGCAUUUGUUUCCUGUACAUUCUGUAUAUAUAUAUCGUGUAGAUGUAGCGCUGCGUCUCGUCUCGGUCUGUCUUGUCCUGCACCGGGCGGCGGCGCGCGGCGCGGAGAGGGGCGGCGGGCCGGCCGGAGGGCGCGGCAGCCCCCCCGGACGCGUGGCUCAACUAGCUCUGCUAUGGGUCACUCUAUUUAUUUUGUUAUUCCUCACUCAUAGGAUAAUACGACUACUGACUCCUCAUCAUCGUCGCUUGCCUCUUCCUCCUCCUCCCUCCACCACCACCACCACCACCUCCACCACCACCUCCUCCUCCCCCCGCCACCCUGUACCCCGCCCCCCGCCCGCUCAUCCCAUCAUCACGGCGCCUCACAUCCUCCACUUGGUUCAAGAUUUUUUGUCUCGUUGUAUUCACCACAAAGAAUCAGUCAUGUUGCUUUAAAUAAAACGUACAUGAGUAUG